AUGCAGCAUCAGCCUCGCCAAUCUGGGGAGGUCAAUAUCAUGGAAAUCAUCAAGAGCUUCAACUGGAACAUCACUCCUGAUAGGGUUGACUACACCACAUUGGCUGACGACGGAACAAAAAGAAUCAAAAGGCCCAUGAACGCUUUCAUGGUCUGGGCUCAGGCGGCCAGAAGGAAGUUAGCAGAACGACAUCCUUACCUCCACAACGCAGAACUCAGCAAGACACUGGGCAAAGUGUGGAAGCAACUCAGCGAGCCAGACAAAAGACCCUUUGUGGACGAGGCAGAGAGGUUGAGGCAACAACAUCGCCGCGAACAUCCCGAGUACAAGUAUCGCCCAAAAAGGAGGAAAUCUUCGCCUCUCAAAGGGAUCCAAAUAGACGAAGCUAUCAGUCUGAAGGAGGAAACAGACGUUCAAAGAAGCUGUCUCAACCAAGUUCAAAUAGUCAAUCAGGAGUCUAUACCCAACUCAGUACUCCUUGCCUCAUCUCCUCUCCAGUUCUCCUCCCCUCAAACCUCUUUCUACCCCUACACAGCCAGCUCAAACCUCCAGAGAUCUCCUUACAAUCCUGUUGACGACACAACCAUAACCUCGAGAUCUGAUUACAUCACUGGGAGACCCGACUACGUCACUUCCAGGGGUGAUUACAUCGCAUCAAGACCAGACUACAUCACCUCCAGAGGAGACUACAUCAGUAACCAAGUCUUCACUUCCCUCACCUACUCCAGACCAACCACUGGAGAUGUUGUAUACACCGCCUCCUCACCUAAUGCUCAGAACUGUGGUAAUGCCGAUGAAACUAUUCUCCGGGAUAUGGUAGCCAACUUUGCCGCCAGAGGCACUGACAUGGCUCACUCCCUUGCUUCACAGAGUUUGGGAUUAGGAAAACAAGAUCCACCUCUGAACAGACCGGACCAGGUCUUGAGCCCUAGGUCAUUAGAUCACCUUAACCAUCGACCGUCAGUCAGGGCUGAACCGUAUCCAACGAGGAAUCCAGCUCACGGUGAACAUAAAACUCACAACUCAAACAUUCUUUCUCCAAUAGCAAGAUCUAUUCGAAUGGCCAACGAAGUCACCGGAAUAUCUACCGCGGAGUACUACCCUAACUACGCUGGUUUGGCGACUGAAACGUUUGCGGAGGAACCCGGCACGGCGGGAACGAGUUUGUUAGGAGCAGCGAGUUCGGGGCUGUUCGGAAGUAGCAACCCACCCAACUCUAGCCUCCUUUCUGAUCUCUUCGUCGAUACCAAGGAAUUUGAUCGGUAUCUCCCAGAGGAACAACACGCAGCUGACUUUCAGCAGAAGGAGACAGUCCCUCUUACCCACCACUACUACCCUCUCGUUAACUACUCUCGCGAGUUUGCCUGGACUAGCCAACUUUCAGUCUGACUCGCUCCUCAUUUGCUCAGUCUGAUUGGCUCCUGAUUUGCUCAGUCUGAUUGGCUCCUCAUUUGCUCAGUCUGAUUG